AUGGAGCACAUAGAUACACAGAUUCUGUUUAUUCGAAACUUACCGGGGGACAUAUCGAAGGACAAGAUAAUGGAACUAUUUGAAGAGUAUGGAACAAUAAUACAGAUAAGAAUAGGAGUGGAGAAGAACACAAUGGGUACUGCUUUCGUAGUAUAUGAUGGAGUGGAGAGUGCUAGGAGGGCCAUAAGACACAUGAACGGAUAUUAUCUUGGAGACAGAUAUUUGAAUGUAGGAUACUGGCAGCCGUUUGAUAAGUUUCGUUUUAUGAUGUGGCAAAGAUGA